AUGUCCACAAUCACUACUCGUAUGCCAAUGAGAGGCAACAAUGAGAACUAUAACCCCAACAUAGGUGGUGCUGCAUCAACAGCAACCCUUCAGGCAAAGUCACCAGACCAGCCUCAUCAAUAUCCAAACAGCCAUGCGCUGAGGACUCCAAUGGGUCCACCAUCAUACCCUGCAUCACAUAGUCAUGGUACGGCAGCCGGUCAAUCACAUCAUCACGACCAACAACAGCAUCAACAACAAGUGGCAGACCAUCCAGCAACUGCACUCUCGCCAAUCACAAUGGCAGUGCGUGAUGCUUCACAACAGGAUGUCUCACAUCCUACAUGGUGGCUUCAGAUCAUUACACAAGAGCUCGACAAGUUACCACAGGAAAUGCCAGUGCACAGCAUACAAAGAAUGCUAAACAUAUUCCAGAGUGCUGUUGCCAACAUCAUUCACACCGAUCACAAACAAUCCAACGACUUCUCAACCAUCCUCUUAAAGUCUGCCUACUUUCAGAUACGCACUCAAAACUUGGAGGAUGCAAGGGGAACGCUGAAGUUGAUGAAGGCCCAUCACAUUGGCCUCCAACGUGCUGAUUAUUAUACGACAUUCGCAUUGUUGGAGAUGGUCAGUACCAACUUUGACAAAGCCAAGGCAAAGAUACAGGAGGGUCUGGACAAGGGCGCCACACCAAUCGAUCAACUCCAAAAUUGCCUUCAGAUGAUCUGUCGCGAGGAGUUGGCAAUCCAGCAACAGCAACAACAACAACAACAACAGCAGAACAACUCCAUUCCGAGCGGUACACCAACCGUCGAGCAUUCACAAAUUGUGCACUUAUCGCCAUCCGACUCAUCCAUAUCAUCCAACAACACUACUCCAUCGCCAAUGUCCAUGUCUCAUCAGGCCAAGACAGCACUCCAGUCCAAUCAUACUCAUUCUCAGACACAAGUCCAGCCAUCACAGACACAGACACAUACCCAAACACAUACACUUACACCAUCAACAACAACAACAAGGACUGUUAUAACAGGUUCCACAACAUUACCAUCCAAUUCUAAUGUCGCCGAGAUGAUCAACACUCAACGAAUCUCGCGAAUGUCUGUAUCAAACCUACCGUUGGGCUCCACUCCAUCCAACAAGCCCGCCUCAACGCGAUCACAAUCAAUUCGCCCAUUGGGUCUUGGCAUGUCAACGAGCCUGAUGCUCAGGCGUGUGCCAACAACAACCGAUACCAGCACAUCUUCGGACAACUCCACAACAGUUGUCGAUGAGCCGUCACGUCCUGCCGUCGACGAGGAGAUGGCGUCGGCGGAGGAACAAGGCAGGUCCGUGUCGCCCUCGCCCGCAACAUCUCCACGAUCUCGAUCGCCAUCCACUGCCACUGACCAUCUUCUCGAGGACCUUGACCUGUCUGACAACUCUGACGAGUCCACUCCUCAUGUGCAUACGAGUAGUGUCAAGCCAAACAACACACCUGCGGCCGCACCAACAACACACCAUCAUCAAUCCACCUCACUACCAACUCCGCCUGGCCCACCAAGCCAAUCUCGACCAUCCAUAUCACUCGCACAACAACCCAGUCGCCACCCAUUAUACACCAAGCAAGACACGUUACAAAUACAGGAGAAGUUACAAAGACAGAUCAAGAAGCCACCUCUUCAACAACAACAACCGGCUGUUGUUGCGCCACAGCCCCUGGCCACUGCCAAAGUAUCGCAUAUCCCUCCAUUGCAAGCCCCAUCCAGGACCCAGCCCCAUGUCCAACCUCUCCCCCAGCAACAACAAUCGGCCAGACAAGUACAGCAGCAACAACAACAACAGCAACAACAACAACAGCAUCAGCAAUCACAAGGCGAUGAUGAACAUAUUAAUAGAUCACAAGCAUAUGAGGUUGCAAAGGGAUGGAGCGAGACUACAACGGUCAAUGGAAAGUCAUAUUUGAAGAUAGAGUUCAUUGGCAAGGGUGGCAGCGGCAAGGUGUACAAGGUGCUGAGCCAGGACCUCAAGAUCUACGCGCUCAAGUAUGUGUGUCUAAAGUCGGGCGACAGCGAGGUGGAGUCGCAGAUCAACGAGAUUGAGAUGCUAAAGAAGCUGGUGCACUAUGACAACAUCAUCAAACUGAUCGACAAUGAGGUGGACCUGAGGCGCGGCGUCAUCCACCUGGUUCUGGAGCUGGGCGACAUUGACCUGGCGCGCUUGCUGCAAAAGCAGCAGCAGGCCAGCGGCCUCAACGAGAACUUGAUGCGCAUCUACUGGCAGCAGAUGCUUGGCGCCGUGCACACGAUCCACGAGGAGCGCAUCAUUCACGGCGACCUCAAGCCGGCCAACUUUGUCUCGGUGCAGGGCCAUCUCAAGCUGAUCGACUUUGGCAUUGCCAAGGCCAUCCAGAACGACACGACCAACAUUGUGCGCGACAGCCACAUCGGCACGCUUAACUACAUCUCUCCAGAGGCCCUUAUCGACACGGGCGGCAACCACUCGUCGCCCCUGAUGAAGCUGGGGCGUGCCAGCGACAUCUGGUCAUUGGGCUGCAUCCUCUACGAGAUGGCCUAUGGCUUCUCGCCGUUCAAACAGUUCACCAACAUCAUGACCAAGUACCAGGCCAUUGUCAAUCCCAACCACAAGAUAUCCUACCCACCACAUCGCAACGCCGCGCUCCUGGACGUUCUAAAACGAUGUCUACAGCGUGAUCCCUUGGCUCGACCCAGCAUCCCAGAGUUAUUAGCACAUCCAUUCCUCAACUGUUAA